UUCCUGCAGAUGGCAUGUCCCCUCGCAUUGUCCUCCAAUGGCGGCCCCACUCUAGCAAAGUGCCAUUUACACGUGUCCUACUACUAACACAGGUACCAAGUAUGAGUGCGGUGCAAUGUUAAAUUACCGUAACCUGCGAAACGGGAAUGGAGUCCUACGUUUUAUAGGUCCCUAAUUUAGAACCUUAGUGCUGGGUCGGUUAACCAAGAAACUUUGAUCUAACUCGUGUGAAGUAUCCAUGGCCAGUCGUCUGGGAUGAAUAUGUAUUUAAGCGCCACCAUCCAUGAAAUUCUUCACACGCAUCUUUCUUCUGGAAAAGUCCAAGCUUUCGUGGGGCUAAAACAAACAACGUAAACAAAUUCGCUUUUAUCUUAGAAAGGUGCAUUCCCUAAUUUCAACGGAAACAUUCACACUCCAAAUUACUGACAACCAUAUUACACCAUUGAAACUUCCUCCAUUCUUUCAGUUACAUGAAAUCAUUAAGAAAAACCUUUAGUUUUCCGUAGUGUUGGUUCUACCUGCAAACCAACUCAAUCGAAAUAGAUUAAGAAAGAACAUUUAGAAAAAGAAUGUCCGGAAGGUAUCUUCAUUACUCCCCUGCCAGAGCUCACUCCCCCCAGAUGGGAGGAAUGCGCACAGCUAGCACUCCUUCAGACCAUGACAGCAGGUACUUGGCAGAACUCUUGGCAGAGCGUCAAAAACUGAACCCUUUUGUGCAGGUUCUGCCUAACUGCAGCCGUCUGCUGAAUCAAGAAAUUCUACAGGCCUCUGGUGUGGUUUCUAACCAGGGUUUUGGGGGCAACGAUAGGCUAGAACAUGGCAGUCCUUUGGCAUCAGGAAGUCUUAUUUCAAAUGGAACAGGAAUGGAUUUGGGGGGUUGGGGAGGUCUACAGUCUGAGAGACUAGGCAUGUCACAGGCAUCUUCAAUGGGUUGGCAUGGAGCACCUGGCAUGUCUUUUACAUCUGUUAUCAAGAAAGUCAUGCGUUUAGACAUCCCAGUUGAUAGUUAUCCCAAUUUUAAUUUUGUGGGACGACUCCUGGGACCUAGAGGCAAUUCACUCAAGCGGGUAGAAGCAACAACUGAUUGUAGGGUGUACAUUAGAGGUCGUGGUUCAGUUAAGGAUUCUGCGAAAGUAGAAGCUUCAAAUUAUACGAAUUGCACUAAAAUUGAGUGCAGAAAAUAUUUGCAAUUGCAGGAGGAAAAGCUGAGGGGUAAACCAGGUUAUGAGCACUUAAAUGAACCUUUGCACAUCUUGAUUGAGGCCAACUUACCUGCCAACAUUAUUGAUGCCAAGAUGAAACAAGCUCGUGACAUUAUAGAAGAUCUGCUAAAGCCUGUGGACGAGUCUCGUGACUAUUUGAAGAAGGAACAGCUGAGGGAACUGGCCUUGUUAAAUGGUACAUUAAGAGAAGAAAGUCCCCGUAUGAGUGGAAGUGUUUCUCCUUUCAGUAACACUGGAAUGAAACGUGCAAAAACAGGGCGUUAGCAGGCAAGAUGCAUUUCUGGAGAUUCAAUCAUGACUAUUGCAAGGAAGAUGAUAAUCAAUGACACAAAGAGCAGUCAAUUGGAGAAUGUGGAACUGCUCAAUACUCUGUUUUAAGGAAUUAAGACUUAUGUUCAUCUCAUGAUGUGUUCAAUACGUAAAACUCUUUGAAGACUUCUAAUGACAGCAGAAUUUGGUACUGCUGUCAAGUUUUGGCACUCCUUAUGUAUUCUUUCUACUGUAUAUCAUUUGUAACGGCUGGAACUUUUUAGAUAUGUAAAUAUCCAUAUAUUGUGAGCUACCAUAGGUGUGCAGAAACAUCUUUGGGGUAAGCCAUCAGGUUUUGUGGUAAAAUAUUAGUCAGUUCUCAAGCAAAGGUUGAUUAUUGCAUGCUUCUCUUAAGCUAAACUUUUGUAAUCACAACGUGGAGGCUUUAGACUUCAUGUGUCUACGCUCUUAUUCCUUUUCUUUAUUGAUAUACAUUUUCAACAA